AUGGAUGAUUGUUUGCCAUGCCCAGAAGGACAGUAUCCAAACAACAACCAUGUCUCGUGUCUUCCAAAACAUACAAUUUUCUUAUCUUAUGAAGACCCGUUAGGGAUCAGUUUGGCCACUGCUGCAAUUGUCUUUGCUUGCAUUGUCACUGUGGUGCUUGGGAUCUUCAUCAAAUACCAGGACACUCCCAUUGUCAAGGCCAACAACCGGAACAUCACCUACCUUCUCCUUCUCUCCCUUGUGCUCUCAUUCCUUUGCAGUUUAUUAUUCAUUGGAAAACCUGAAAAGGUGACCUGCCUUUUGCGACAAACUGCUUUUGGGAUUGUCUUCUCAGUAGCCAUUUCUUGUAUAUUGGCCAAAACCAUCAUUGUCAUUUUAGCUUUCAUGGUUUCAGUGCCAGGAUCCAAGAUGAGGCGAUGGCUCGGGAAACCAUUAGAUAAUUACAUUGUUGUUUCUUGUUCCCUCAUUCAAGUCACUCUUUGCAUUCUAUGGCUUGUAACCUCACCCCCAUACCCAGAUGCUGAUAUGAACUUAGUGGCAGAUGAAAUCAUCCUGGAAUGUAAUGAAGGCUCUAUUCUCAUGUUUUACUGUGUCUUGUUGUACCUGCUUUUCCUUGCCAUUGUUGGUUUUAAUGUGGCUUUCCAAGCCCGGCGUUUACCAGACAGUUUUAAUGAGACCAAGUUUAUCUCCUUUAGCUUGUUAUGGUUUUGCAAUGUCUGGUUGUCCUUUUUUCCUACCUAUCUGAGCACCAAGGGGAAAUACAUGGUGGCUGUGGAGAUCUUUUCCAUUCUCUCUUCCAGUGCAGGGUUACUGGGUUGCAUCUUUUUCCCCAAAUGCUUUGUUAUCAUACUGAGGCCUAAUCUGAAUACUAAAAAACAGUUAAUGAGUGGCAAGAAAUACAGUAUAAUUCCAUAA